AUGGGAGGAGAUAAGAAACAAGCAUUAACCCUCAAAACAACACCGCCUGCCCUUUCUAAAAAGUCACAACUCCCUCCCUACAAAACCACGUCAUCUCCUCCAGAAGUAACAACCACUCGCCUUGCACCUGCCCACCUUCCCCACGCCACGGGCCCGCUGUUUGAACACCAGCCGUUCACUGUUACUUGGAAUAUCCCCGAUCUAGUGUGUAACAGAUACAACAUCUCACUGGACACCUCACCCUUUAAAGGAGUGGCCACACCUGCCAAGGUUCCAGGACAGUUUCUAUCUCUUUUCUACACAGAUCGAUUGGGUCUUUACCCACACAUAGACCUCAAAAGUAGGAAAAAGUUCCAUGGUGGCAUCCCUCAGAGAGCUAACCUGAAAGCCAGUCUGAACAAGGCCAGAGCAGAUAUUAACUACUACAUCCCAUCCAGGGCAACCAGAGGCCUGGCUGUGAUAGACUGGGAGGAAUGGCGCCCCCUAUGGGACAGAAACUGGGGAACCAAAAGAAUCUACCAGACUUUGUCAGUGGCCCAUGUAAUGCAGGCUAACCUCUCCCUCACAGUAGAACAGGCCACAGUAAAAGCCAAACAACAGUUUCAGGAGGCAGCAAGGAAUCUUAUGUCAGAGAUGUUGGCCUUGGGCAGAGCUAUGAGACCCAACUAUCUUUGGGGCUUCUACUUGUUCCCAAACUGCUAUAACUAUGGCUGGCAGGACCUGCACUACACGGGCCAGUGCUCCAUGGAGGUGAGGAGGCAAAACGAUGAGCUGCUCUGGCUGUGGGAGUCAAGCACGGCCCUUUACCCCUCUGUGUACCUGCAGAGCUCUCUAGCAGACAAUCCCAAAGCCGCUCUGAUGGUGAGAAACCGCGUCCAGGAGGCUUUGAGAGUGUCCGCCCUGCCCGGAUGGAGAGCUGCUGCACCCGUGUUUGUUUACAUGCGUCCUGUCUUUGUUGAUGACAACAAACGCUUCCUCAGCCAGAGGGAUCUGAUCAGCACCGUGGGGGAGAGCGUGGCAGUUGGAGCAUCUGGUACUGUGCUGUGGGGGGCCAGUGCUGACUAUGAUGACCAGACGUCUUGUGAAGCUCUCUCAUCCUACCUCACUUCCACCCUCAACCCUUACAUCACCAAUGUCACGACAGCUGCCCAGCUGUGCAGUGACUUCCUGUGCAGAGGGAAUGGCCGCUGUGUCAGAAAAAACUACAAAUCCAACCACUACCUCCACCUAAACCCUGAGAGUUUCAGAGUCGUGCGUAUUCAGAAACGCUACUUUGUUCUAGGAAGCCCGAGCUUGGCAGACCUGAAGUCCUUAAGCAGGAGAUUUAACUGUCAAUGCUACAAAGGACUGAGUUGCACUCCUAGGACAUACAGCGAGCUCGCCAAGGCCCUGAUGUUUGGAGUUAAGCAAGGACUGUACCAGAACUCCCAUACUUCGAGUAAAUAUGCAUUAGAUGACACUCAGCAAGCCAGCACAGCUAAAGAUAAGAUUAAUAAGAACUUGAAUGCAGCUAAUGAUUAA